UAUUUUUUAUUUUUAUUCGUGACAAUCGUCUCAUUUUUCUGCGCAUUUUCGCUGGUGAUAUGGACAUCAGUAUAGAAUAGUAUGGCCGAAUCAAACCGACAUCAUUUGAACGGCAUUCCAAACGAUCAUCAACAGGAUCAGACGACCUCAACUGCCACCCACGACUCGGCAUCCGAACCAUCGUCUAGUCGAAAUGCCGACGAUGCCAAGAAGAAAAGAACAGGUCCCAAGCGGCGAAAGGUGACGCACGCCUGUGUGUAUUGUCGACGCUCGCACAUGACCUGCGACGAAGGGCGACCAUGCCAGCGAUGUAUCAAACGAAGUAUUGGCCACCUGUGCCAUGACGAACCCAAAAACCCCAACGGAUCCGCCAAGCAAACAGCAAAAUCAAAACAAGCACCGACCAGCGAUAGUACGAACAAUUACAUGCUAAAUAACCUAUCGCUUGUGCAAGAUUUGGGCGUAGGUAACAAAUUCGGUGGUCUUCCUUUACAGUUCUUUGGUCAAAUGGGUACCGGACAACUCACCUUUGCAAGCGAGCACAUGGGCAACGAAAUCUCGGUUAUCAGCAACUUUCUAGACUCCGUGGGUGGCAAUGUCCCGGGCUUCUACAACCAACAUGGGCAAGGCCUUCUUUCGUCUUCGGUGAACACGACCGAGAAAUUUUUCUUGACUGCGGCCGAUCCAUCGGAUGGUCGCUUGGAAGAUCGUUUGACAGAAGUGAUCAAUGCAAAGUAUGAAGCCGGAUUUCUGAAACCGUACAACUAUGUCAAUGGGUAUGCGCGAUUGCAGAAAUACAUGGAUAACAAUAUGUCAGCCUCAAGUCGGCAGCGUAUCUUGAACGUUAUGGGCACCUUCCGUCCCGCUUUCCGCUCCGUCGCUCAAUCGUUGACCGAUAUUGAUUUGAUCCUUGUCGAAGAAGCGUUUGAACGAUUGCUGCUGGAUUACGACCGUGUAUUUAGUUCCAUGGGAAUUCCAGCUUGUCUUUGGCGUCGAACGGGUGAAAUUUAUAAAGGAAACAAGGAAUUCGCAUCCUUGGUGAACGUACCAAUCGAGCAACUGCGUGAAGGACGUCUUUGUAUCUAUGAAUUAAUGGCCGAAGAGUCAGCUGUCAACUACUGGGAGAAAUACGGCAAUAUUGCAUUUGAUCCCGGUCAAAAAGCGGUACUCACGUCUUGUCUGCUAAAAAAUCCGGAACCUACUAAUACCAGCGUUAUCUCUUGCUGCUUCUCUUUCACCAUUCGUCGCGACAAGUACAAUAUACCAACAGUCAUCGUUGGCAAUUUCCUCCCAGUUCAAUUACAAUAACAUUUUCAAACCCCACAUCUGAAUUUUCUUUUUCUCUGUAAAAUACAUACAAUAUCAAUUCAACAUUAUUAAAUACA